AUGCCUUCACCACUACUUAUGGCGAGCACAUAUGAGGAUGAUAGCAUCGCAAGUUUUAUGCAGAAAAUCAAGCAGUCCAAGCUCGCGCAAGCGUCAACGAUUCCCAAGUUCCCACGAAACGCCAGACGCCGUCUUGAACCAGCCGAAGAAGCAAAAGCUUCAUUAUCAAAGAUACCUCUGACGCGGAACGCACUUCGAGCAUUAGACGGACAGAGCACCCAAGGCUCUCGCCCGCCAGGUGAAACCCGAACGGGAAGAAGCCUUCGACCACGUCCACACUCUAUCAUUGCCGUCGGUCAAGUUGUCGAUACCUAUUCGCCAACUUCUUUGAAGUCCGUUAAGGUCUUUGCAAGGUACGGUGGCCCGGACCUAAGCCAUUUAAGAGGAUUUUCUGUUCCUGCAGCUGUCAAUAACAACAUAAGCUCUGGACAGUCAAGUCUUGGCCGACGCAAAAGAGGGUCACGGUCAUCGACGAAGAGGAGCUCGCAGUCGCCAACGAAGAGUAGCACCACGCCGAAAACGACCAGCACAAAGACCACGGGCCCGUACGAUCGCGCGUUCCAGCAGCACCUUAUCGAUCAUAACAUUCUACCCCAUGGUUAUGGAUACCCAGAUGGCCGCUUACCGCAAGAGCCCGAUAAUAUGGACGAGAUCCGCCAGGUGUUGGCCCAACCUAGGGCAUCCUUAUCGCCGUCUAAGUUCUCGAGCGAAGACUUUCGCAAGUUCGAGCGGGCUGACGCGCAGGCAGCUAAGGAGAGAGAGGUUACUAUAAAUGUUAUUCCUAUUAUCAAAGGAGAUGUUAGGGACAAGAAAUGUAUCGCUGGCGAGAUACCAUUUAUAAACCUGGAGCAUUUGACUGAUGGAACACUUGUACCUGGAAACCCUGAUCUGUAUUAUGGCGCCCACCCUGAGCAGCUUCACAGGACUGUUCGUCGAGAGUUAAGCAACUACAUUGUACCAUCCACGCAGCAUGACCUUCCUAUUGUGCCAAACUAUCUGUUUCAAACAAAGGGGCCGGAUGGCAGCUUGGCAGUUGCGACCCGGCAAGCAAGUUACGACGGUGCUCUUGGAGCAAGGGGAUUACAUUGUUUGCAGUCAUACAAGCAACCAGAGCAAAAAUAUGACAACAAAGCAUAUACGCUAACCUCUCUAUACCACGGCGGAACAAUUAAAAUGUAUACCACUCAUCCUAUACCACCGUUGAUUAAUGGUGCACAACCGGGCUUCGUGAUGACGCAAAUAAACUCUUGGAGCGUGACCGGUAACCGCGAUGCUUUCCGCCAAGGGGCUACCGCAUUCCGGAAUGGUAGAGAUUGGGCCAAACGUCAAAGAGAUAACGCAAAUUAA